GAACUCAUAAAUCACUACUGUAAUGUAAUAUCAACAUCUGUAACAAGUGCAUAACAGCAUUAAUAGAACACAGACUUUAUGUAGACAGACAUGUGUUGUUGUUUUGAGAUUAUUCAUCCCCUUCCAGCGUUACCAUUGGGAGGGGGGGUCAUCAAGCUCAGGUAACGAUGCAGGGAGGAUGUGGGCAGCUCAAGGUCACUGUGAGAAGUUUAGGCUGUUGGCUGAUCUGCUGAUGAUGUUGAUGCUGAGGUUUUCUUAAAGGACAUGGUGAUGGAAGCUGUCAUUGUUGUUUCUUAAGCUGCUGGAACAUAUUCUUAUACUGAGCCAUCAGGCUGUAAGAUCUUGUGUGAAGUUGUUGCUGCACUCCAUAGAGGGGUCAUACUCAGACACUUAAGUUUUUCAAGUGCUCAGUCACCUGAAACACUUCACUAAACUUCUGUAUAUCCCAACAUGCUGGCUCUUCUUGUUCUUCAUCAUCACCACCGGAAUCUUCUUCGUCCGCUCUCACUAUUUCCUCCAACUCAGUAUCAGUCAAAGUUUCCUUGUGCCCUUCAACUAACUCCUUUAUUUCCUGCUCAACCAUGUCUUCAAACCCAUCACCGCCUACAGCUCUGGCCACCUUCACAAUGUGCUUAACUUCAGUGUCGAUCGUAGGGAAUCCUUUGAAGUCAUGCACACAGUCGCUCUACAGUGCCCGCCAACACGAAUUAACAGACUGGUUUCAGUGCACCCACGGCCUCCUUCACAAAAGUGAUGCAAUUGGCAAUGUUGAAAUCCUUCCAGCAUACCAUAACACUUGUUGGUGCCGUCCUCCAUGGCAUUGCGAAUGCAGACGAAGGUGAGGCGUGUGUACGCUGCCUUAAAGCACUGAAUCACGCCCUGAUCGAGAGACUGGAGGUAGUGUUGGGUGGCAGGAACACUACCUCGACGUCAUUGUAUGCGAAUUUUAUGGCAUCCGGGCGGCCUGGUGCAUUGUCAGCAAUCAGCAACACCUUGAAAGGCAGGCUCAGCUUCUCUAGAUAGCUAUUUACCUCGGGGAUAAAACAUUUGUGGAAUCACUCAAGGAAAAGCGUUGCUGUCACCCAGGCAGACCUAUAAAUCAAUCCUGGCUUGAUCAUAUGCCCUGCUGCAUUGCCACAUAGUAGAAGGUUGACGUGGUCCUUUGCAGCCUUGAACCCUGGGGCCUGCUUCUUUGACUUGGAAAUGUAGGUUCUGGUUGGCAUUUUCUUCCAAAACAAAUCUGUUUUGUCAGCGUUAAAGACCUGCUCUGGAAGAUAUCCAUUUUCCUCCAUCAAUUUCUUGAGUUCUUCUGGGAACACCCUUGCAGCUGCCUCGUCCGCCGAUUCGACAGUGAUUCUAAUAUUUUUCAUGUUGAAAUGCUUUCUGACACUGUUGAGCCAACCUGCACUGACUUUAAAAUUCUUCUCGGAGCUGGUGGAUGCUUCGCCCUGAGGAACCUCAGAUUUAAACUGUUCAUAAAGACUCGGUGCCUUCUGCCUGAGCAUGUUGCCGUCGAUGGGGACACGUUUCUGGUUCAUACCCUCCACCCAGAUGUUUAAUGCCUUCUCCACCUUCACUAGAGUUACAUCUCUAACCUGGCUCGUCACCUUAACAGUUAAUGAGGCCCUUGUAGACACGGCUUCACGAAUUUCCUACUCCCAAAUCUUAAUGGAACUCUCGCUUUAUUCGUUCCGUCCGUGCCACAGCAGCGACCGACAUCCCACCUUUCAUUAAGUCUAAAACAGCCACCUUUUCUUCUAAGGUCAUCACAGAGUGUUGUUUCUUCACUGGAGGACGGGCAGAGGUUGGCUUGUGUUUGGGCAUUAUGAACGAGUAUGAGAGGGGUUUAAGUGCACUAAAUUGACACACACAAGAGGCAGCUGAGAUAGAGAGAGGUGGGAUUGAGGGGUGGAGCAUUUGGAGGGCUUGUGACCCACUUUGAAAAUUUUGAGCUUGAAAUUGGAAAUUGUUACCUAACCCCUGGGGCAAUCCGCGUAUACUGUAGUUGAAACAGCAUAAGAAAAAUAUGCAUAAGUUGCAAGUUUAAUGUAUUAAUGAUAUUUCUUAAUUUAAGUUUUAUUUGGUUAGUACAGUAUAUGUCAUCUUUUAUAAUUUAUUUAAUGCCACAGUCUUAAAUAUUGUCAAAAGUCAACAAGAAUCAGAUCAUUAGUUGGUUUGUUAUACUUCACACAUUUGGAAAAAGGUGAUGAAGACUGCCAGAGAACAAUGAGCCAAUUCAGAUAAAAAUAGAAAUUAUUGAUAAACUUGAAUAAAUAGUUCCAGUGAAAGUCAUUCAGAAACCAUAUAGCAUCAGUCAUACUACAAGCAGUGUUAAACUCUCAAAACAGAACUUUUCAAAGAUCACAUUUAAAACCAUAGAUGAGGCUGUGUAUGGCUGUGUCGGAACAGGACACACAUUACAUAUCCAGAGGCUUACAGCAUAAACAAGAGGAAUAAAUUAGUGAAUACAGUAUUAGUGAUUUGCAUACAUGGCUGAUGUUGAUUUAGUGUCACGUGGCGCGACGAAACACUGCUGCUAUGGUGUGUGCAAUAGUGACUCACGGUAUGCACACAGAAAACACAUGAAAAACGUGAAGUGGAUACCAUUUCCCGGCCCAGAGGAAGAAGCCGAUAAGUGUAAAAGAUGGAUUCGUGCUUGUGGCCGUGAAAACUUUACAGUUGAAAAAGUAAACAAGUUGACAAACAUUUGUAGCAAACAUUUUGUUGGUGGUAAUGGACCAACUGAAGCUCACCCUGACCCUAUACCAGCACAAUACACCCCUGACCAGUUACGCAAUAAAUCAAAGAAACGGAAAAUUCCAACAAGAAGAGAACUGCCUUCUUCCAAGAGGAUACAAAGUGAUGUGGAAUCAGGUCAACUCUCCUCACAGUCUUCAGAACCAUUAAGCAAGAAGUUACAUGUGACUGUUGAUGAAGCAGCAUCAAAACUGCCAGCUGAAGAACAUUUGGGAAAUGUGGUAACCAAUGCUGCCACAAGUACUAGCAUGUUCCACCAGACUCCUGGAGUGGUCAUGGAGGAGGCACUUGGCGUAAAGGAAGAGUCCAUAAGUUCUCUCGAUGCCUCGCUUGACAGCCACAACGGGUCACGAGGGUCUUGGGACACAGAGAGAAAUCUGCCCCAGUCCAACACUCACUCAUCCCUGACACCAUUUACUAAUGGCAUAAAACAGGAAGACAUCAAAUUUGAGGUCGAAGUGACACAAGAGUUUAUAGUGGAGGAAGAAGCAGACACAGUGGCCCAAGACCCUGUAGUAAAAGAAGAGAAAGAGUUAGAGUUUAUUGAUGUGGACAAAGUUAGGAUUGAAGAUGAACAUGUUGCACCAGAAGUAGAUGGACUGUCUUGUGUCACGACCCCUGUCACUUCUUCCAGUUCACAGCCAGAUCACCCAUCUUCUAGGAAAGCCACUAAAACUAAUGCCGCAGCAUCAUCAGCAUCCAGUCUGGGUCCCAAAUGCAGCGCAACCAGCCCUAGUGGUAGCAGCAGCAAGAAACAACGCAAGAGCAUUGAUUUGGAGGAGAAGUUGAAAAUAAUAAGACAGCGUGAUGGCGGCAAAUCUGUGAAUGCUAUCGCACGUGAUUUCGGCAUGUCGCACUCUACGAUCACGACGAUAAUGAAAAAGAGAGAGAAGAUUCUUGAAGCGGUAAAAGGAUCGGCUUCAAUGAAGGCAACAAGAUUAACCAAGUUUCGAGAGGGGCCGAUAUCAAAUAUGGAAAAGAUGCUGGUGACCUGGAUUGAAGACCAGACUCAAAAGCGAGUCCCACUCGGCACACUAACCAUCACGGCCAAAGCAAAAAGUUUGUUCGAGAUGUUGAAGCAACAAGCGGGAGCCGACUACGACAAAGAGUUUUCCGCAAGCUCUGGCUGGUUCAAGCGCUUUAAACAUCGCUAUGGGCUUCAUAACUUGAAAGUCAGCGGCGAGUCGGCGAGUGCGGAUUCUACAGCGGCAGCAGAAUUCAUCAAUACCUUGGACAAGCUUAUCGUCAAGGGAGGAUAUUUGCCCCAGCAAAUAAUUAAUAUGGACGAAACCUCCUUGUUUUGGAAGAGGAUGCCCGAAAGGUCAUUCAUACACAAGGAGGCCAAGUCGAUGCCAGGCUUUAAGGCAUUCAAGGAUCGAGUGACUGUGAUGUUGGGCGGGAGUGUUACUGGAUUCAAGUUGAAACCUUUUGUGGUGUGGCAUAGCGAGAACCCCAAGGCUUUUAAAAAUAUCAACAAACAUACGUUGCCAGUGUAUUAUAGAGCCAACCAAAAGUCAUGGAUGACGCAAGCAUUGUUCCAGGAUGCCCUUCUCAACUGCUAUGCUGGUGACCUCGAAAAAUACUGCAUAGAAGAAGGGAUAGAGUUCAAAAUUUUGUUGAUUUUGGACAAUGCUCUAGGUCACCCCCCCUUCAUUGGUGACCUUCACCCCAACAUCAAAGUGGUUUUCCUGCCGCCGAAUACCACCUCUUUGAUUCAGCCUAUGGAUCAAGGGGCUAUUGCAGCUUUCAAGUCCUACUAUCUCAGGAGGACCUUUGCAAUGGCUAUUUCUGCAACGGAGGAUGACGAGAAGACACUGAAGGAGUUUUGGAAAGAAUAUAACAUGUACCACUGCAUCAAGAACAUUGCUUGGGCCUGGGAUGAUGUCACAAAGCAUUGUAUGAACGGAGUGUGGAAAAAAGUCCUGAAGAGAUAUGUGAACCAUUUCAGGGGUUUUGAAACGGUCACAGAACUUGAGAAAAUUAUGACCAAUCUUGUGAAGAUGGCAAACAAGCUGAACCUCGGCGUGGACGACGACGAUAUAGAAGAACUGCUAGAGGUUGUUCCUGAAGAACUAACCAACGAAGAGUUGUUAGAGUUACAGCAACAUUGGAUAGCUGAAGAAGAGGCAAGGGAAAAGGAAAGUGAGGAGGAGGAGGUGGUGGUGGAGGAGAAGAAGUUCACUGUAAAGGGGUUAUCUAAAUUCUUCGCCGACCUUAACACUCUGCUGAAAAGUGCCGAAGAGAUGGACCCCAACACUGAACGCUUCUCACUCAUAGAGAGGAAUGCACAUGCGGUGUUUGCCGCAUAUCGUCAAAUCUACGAGGAGAAGAAACCGCUGACAAAACAAACAACCCUUGACAUUUUCAUCAAAAAAACCAACUCCACCCCACGACAAACCUUAGCCAGGCCCUUCACACGCAACAGAUGAGUCGUAGACCCUCAGCAAUUUGGCAACAUGAAAACUUCCUCCACCACUCACUGUCUUGUCAGCUUUCUCG